AAAAAUGCCAAAUUCAUAAUUACCAGGUAGCGUACCGUAAACGGCUGAGUACAAUAUUUUCUCAUUGGGCAACUGCCACUACCUGUAAAUGAAUAUAACUUGGUAAAAUCGUCACUUCUGGCAGCCCUGUGUGUACUACUAUGAAAUUGUAACGGCUACAAAUUGUGCUGACUCUGAACUUUGCAUCUCAACGACACAUCUUGAGCAAGAAGAAAAUCCAGAGGCUAUUAAUAAAAAUCCAGAGGAAACUGUUAAUUAAAAAGCAAAGCAACAACAAAGUAAAUUAACACAAGUUACUGUGGCUACAUGUGUGAAGUAUAGAAGUAACAUUUACGUCAACUUAAUAUAAGAGCUGAUCCGAACAAGAUGACACUGAAAAAGGAAUUACGUCUGCUAGCAAAACCUUAUUAUUGGGUGAAUAUUAUAAUGGCCCUGUCCUAUUUAAUUUCUAAGAAGACUAUACCGGUAUGCUCAAGAAUUUUCAAACACCUUGAAGAAAUGUGUGAGCUGGACAGCAGAGAAACAGAGAUACUCUUCUUUUUGUUAAUAAUCAUAAUGAUACGGUCAAGAAAGACGGGCAGUGUCACCAUGGUCAAUUAUUUGUCUUCAUCGUUUUUAUACACCAAAGUAGCUAAUGCCAUACUAUGGGCCUACAGUGACUUUCGUUAUGGCCUCGGCUUCCUAUUACUGUGUGUUCUGGUCGGCAUGAUUUUACCAGAACCCUCGUACAAAGGACCAGAGCACAUUACAUACUUCCGAACAGCGCAAACAUUUGAGGAUGAGAUGAACAGAGAUAAACGAAUUAAUUGGUUGAUUUGCUUUUACACAGUAUGGAACCCCAGCUGUGUUAACUUUGCUCCGGUAUUUGCUGAGUUGUCGGCGGAAUACAAUCUGGACAAUCUGAAGUUUGGCAAAGUAGAUAUAGGCCGUUUCCCUGAAAUUGCACAAAAAUAUCGUGUAUCUGAUAGCAGUUUUUCAAGGCAACUGCCCACGGUUAUAUUAUUCCAGAAUGGCAAAGAAGUCGAGCGACGUCCUAUGGCCGACACCAAGGGUAAACUGCAGAAAUUCUUCUUUUCAUCAGACAAUGUGCGAGCAGCUUUUGGUUUAAACAAUUUGUACAAGCAGUGCGUAGAGAAUCCAAUAAAACAAUCAAAGCAACAACAACAAAUAGCGGCCAAUGCUAAAAAGUCAAACUAGACAGCGAGCCAGUGACGACAAUUUGGGUAUAUACACGUCAACAUAAACUUCGCAAGCCUUGAUUUUAUUCGCUCGAUAAGAUGAGCCACUUAACUGAUAUCUUAUUUGAUUUGUCAUGCCCACCCGCAAACGCCCCAGAGAUACCACCACUGCAAUCACUUGUUAAGUUAUUCGUAUUACUAAUUUCGAAUAGAACGUGUUAUUUACGAUUUUACGUUCUCAAAGUCAUAUGUUGUUUUUGUUAUUUUAUUUAUGUAUAAAUACAAUUGUAAUUAUAAUUAUUUAUUUUUAAACUCUUGCGUUUAUAUGCAUUUUUACAUUUCUAAAUUUUAGUGAAUACACAUUUGUUUUUUUGUUUUUUUUUUGUUUAUUUCAUAAAUACGAAGCAUUUAUUUUCGUAAUGGGCCUUAUUUUGUAUAUCGAAUUUGAAUAUUCGGCAAUGGCUACAGAAAAUACGAAUUUAUAUUUCGUCGGUUUUAUGUUGUAGUUUGAUUAUAUUAUAUUUUGUAUAGCAGACGUUACUUGCAAGCAUUAUAUAAAAACUGUUGCACAUAUUACCGACGAAGUAUAAAAUUAGUCGAAAAUUUGACAACGCCAUAUAUAAUGGGGUGAAUGUAAUCCAUUGGAUUUCUAUCUAAUAUUGAUUUUAUUAGACUUAUGCGUAGAUACAUAUGUUUUGCUUUAGUGUUUUUCUUUUGCUUAUUAUGUUCUAAAUAAAAUAGGUACAAAUUUGAA